AUGGCGUCAUCUCUACCAGUGAAGGAGACGAAGCUCAUGGAUGUGAAGUUAGGAGAGCUACAAAGCUGGAUGCUGAUGAGGGAUUUCACCCCUAAAGCCAUCACUGGAGAAAUUCAAAGAGGUUACUAUCGGUAUUACAAGUACCUGUAUGCCAGAGCGCUUGGAAAGGGGGGCAUUGCUGGGAUUUCUAUGGUGCUGGCAGCUUAUGGGCUAUUCAACUACUGUUCUUAUAAGGAACUCAAACGUGAGCAGCUAUGCAACUUCAUUGUUGGUCUUGAGGGCAGGGUAUGCUCCGAGCUCUCAGCCUCCCCCACAACCACCAGCCCUAGAAGGCACCUCAAGCAGCGCCAUGGCAGGUGGAACCACUAUAUCCACAACCUGAGGGCAGACCUGACUUUUCAGGACAUUGGGCUAUUAGGACUCCCCCUCUAUCUGGGCCACUACCUCUGGGGAAACCUUUGUCAACAUCAUGCCAGCUAA